GGCAUUUCAGAAAAUAUUUCAAUAUUCUGGUAAAAGUUGACUGUUUCAGUUGAAUUUUUAUUUAUUUUCUGCAUUGGAAAGCAAUAUAAGUUUUUGUUAGUUCCCAAUAUCUAUUCUUGUCAAGCCAGUACUCGAGAUAUACUUAUAUUCGUCGGUAUGUUUUAAUUUAAAAUUCAAAAUAAUUGUAUAUUUCUGAGUCUUUGUCAUCCAGUUGUGCAUGUUUAUAUGACGUAAUGUAUUAUAGUUUUAAUGUAUAAAGACCUAUAAAGUUGAAAAAAAGUAUAGAAUAUGUUCAGAUAGACUGUAGUUAAUAAUACAUAAUUGGAUUGAACUGCAGAAGACCUAGAAUUUAUUAAAUAAAAUCUUUGUAGACUGUUGUGAUUGGUAUGAGAAUGUAUGAUUCCUUAUCAAUUAUAAAUAAUUUGGGUCAGAUUGCAAGACUGCAGCAACAAUUUUUAUAUAAUAACUACAUUGGUCAAUAGCCGUGCAGAAUCAGGCUAUCCUGCAUGAGGAUUAAAAUGCCUUCAUGGGAUUUUCACGGGAUUCUCAAAAAUGUCAUUGUUUCACUGUAGUUAUUUUAUACAAAGUGACUAUAUGACCGGCAGCCGGUCACGGUUUAUCCAAAUACUAAAUGGCCGGCAGUCUAGUGACUAUAGUUGAAUAUAAAGACUUCUGUUUGCGUUAACUUUUACCAAGCUUGCCAUUAGCUCAUACGGCAAGGGCGCUGUGUGCCGAAAGUUAAACGCAGUCGGGGUCGGGAUGUGUUUUGUCUGACUUAGCAUUGUUUUUUCUUAUAAUUUUUUAAACUUUUUUUCCGGCUUUUCUAACUCUCAAAAGGUUAGGGGUUAGGGUUAGAAAAGGGGUUGGGGAUUGGUUUAUCUUAUAAAAAUUCAACUUUAACAAUAGUCACUAGACUGCCGGCCAUUUAGAAUUUGAUAAACCGUGACCGGCUGCCGGUCAUAUAGUCACUUUGUAUUUUAUAAAACAAUUAAUUACCAAAUGGUUUUCCAAGCAGGAUAGCUUGAUCCAUUCACUUGGGAUGUUGCUCGACUUUCGGAAAGCGUAAAAAUACACUCGGCUCGAGUAUCUCUAGUCUUGCAACAUCCCUUGUGCAUGGAUCACACAAUCCUGCAAGGAAAACCAUUCGGUAUUCCUUUAAAAUGGCUUAUUCUGUACUAUACAGAUGGAUCUUUUUUGUCAAACAUCAGAAUGAUACGUCAGAAAUGAACAUAGGGAAAAACAUAUAGUUUGUCAGAGAGCUUAAUAUCUAUAUAUAUAUAUAUAUAUAUAUAUAUGCGGCUACUGUGAUCGUCCAUCAAGACGAUCUCUACACAUAGUUUUUCUUGAAUGAUGAUUGUUUAACAUAUGAAUAAGAUUGUGCUAAUAUAACCCUAGCUACCUCGUCUGAAUAUUUUUUCUUGUGCCCAGACUAUGAUAGUGCAUUUAAAUUGAACCAAUCUUCCCCUUAAGAAAUACAGAUAAUUAGCUAAUAACACUUUAGGCUCUUACAUAUAUAUAUACCUUACUGAAUUGUCACAUGAUUUGACAGAAUUAUAGCAUCAUAAUCUCAGCAUUUUACCUGAUGCAGCCAAGGGUCAUUUACAACUUUUCCACAAUGGAGUUGCUGCUGUAGUGUCAUUGCUAGAAAUUUCACUUUUCAUUGCAGUAUAAUCGAAAUCAGGAGCGAUGCCUCAUACCUCUGGUUCAGAUUAUGUUAAAAGUUGGGCUGGUUUAUUUAAAAUAGGAGAGUUUGUAAGUGUACAGACAGUACAGUACAAUGUAUUGUUGGUAUUUAUUGUAUUUAUAUUGGAAUUAACAUGUAGCAUAACCUAAAAUUGCAGCAUGUAAACGUACCUUAGUAGGCCACACCAUAGAAUAGAGACAAUACAGACAAUACACUCACCAUGGUCCUAGCCAGUGCAGUUACGAGAGGUGUUCACCCUGGACAUUUGCCAUUUUGAAUAUUUUCAGGGGGGUGAGUGCCUCUCGUACGCCCACUGGCUAGGGGCAUGGCAACAGCAUUGCAGCAGUCAUGCCAAAAUCAUAGGCACAUCACUAUAACCAUCGCACUGCAUGGAUUGUACAUGUGGCCCUAACUUGUCUUUAACCCAUUCAGCUGCGAGGCUUCCCCAUUGACGAGUAAAAUUGCCUGGCGCUAGACAAGUAAAAAAAAGUGGGGCCAACUGGGGCGCAUUGCGGCUCAAAGGGUUAAUGCCUGUUUUAAUGCCAACCUUUAUCUAUAUUUAUGUAUUAUUCAAAUAAAGUUGUAUUGUAUUGUAUUGUAUUGUGUAACACUUACUACACUUCAAGUCUUCACAUAAUGAUAGAGUUCUUCCUUUUUCUAGUUUUGUCUCCUGAUUGCAUUCUCAUGUUUGGCAGAUUUUGCUGACAAGUCUGAAAACAACGGAUCUUUUAAGUUUUUCCUAUUUGUCGCGAUAACAGCAUGGCUGAUCACAAUGCUCUUGUUUGUUUUAUUCUCAUCUGGUGCCCAUGACAGAAUAUCAAUGAACUGGACACUUGCAGUUAUGUAACAAAUAAUACAAAUUUGGUUUGAAAUUGUGGUGCACUCAUCGCAGCAACCAUAUCUUUCACACCUGAUAUUGUAGGGUCGAUUCUCGCUGCAGACUCACAACACUUAUGCGAAAAGUGCCAUUGGGUUUUUUCUGGGUAGGGUGGGUUGGGGUAAGCCACUCGCUAACUGGCUGGAUGUAUUCGUUUACUGGCCAAGGAUGAAAGUAUAAAGAGAUGUUAGGCAUCAAACACCAGACUAUUUUUACUCAUCAAGGGGAGAGCGAUGACACUGAAAGGGUUAAACAGACUAUCUGUCCAUGUGCAAACCCAUUCAGUUGUAUUGCACCCAAAUGCUCCCUACUUUAUUACAUUACUUUGUCUAACAUCAGAUCAUUUUACUCAUCAAGGGGAGAGAGUGCUGGCAUUCAAUAUGCUAGUUAGUUAGUUCAUUAACAUCCUGCUCAAAUGUUUCGUGCAUCUCUUUCCAGAUGUUGAUAUAUUCGGCUGUGUACGUAUUCCUCCUGCUAAUAUCAACCUCAUUAGUCGCAGAUAAAGCUCGUCAGUUUCGACGUGGUGUUAGGAAAUAUGAAGUGGGACAUGAACGUUAUGAGUUUGAAGAUACCUGUGAUUAUUAUAGUGAUUCAGGCUCUCCCUGUAGUAAUGUUGAAGCUGCUACGGUAUGUAUAUGUUAAGCGUUCUCCAGUGAUGUAGUUACUUAGGUGAUAUUUCCCAACCAUUCAUGUUACAGCCAAAAGUUGACCUUGAAAUGGGUUGAAAUAUUGUCUAGUAACUUGAAAUCUGUUAUCUACUAAAUCUAGUAUCUCUCAUUUGGAUAGUAAAUAUUCCAACAGCAAAUUGGGAGGGGAGGAGAAAGAAAUUUGCAUGACUUUUUUGCAUUCCUGACUAAUCAUCCAGUAUACAAAGAAGGGACAAGGUCGGCUUAUGAUUCUGCAACAUUUUGUUGAUUUUCUGAGAUUAACAUGCAAGAUUUAAACACUUUAUGCCUGCAGACAACAUUUUCCACGACAUCCAAACCCUCUGAUACUGAGACUGUGUCUAUCUUGAUCACUUAUUACUGUGUUUCCAUGCCAGGUAUUUGCUUUCAUGGCAUUGGCUCUGUUUCUUGCUGAUACGGUAUUCUAUUUCAUGGAGUACCGCUCUACUGCUGGACCUGCUGCUGAUCAGGGUGGAUUUGUACAACACGACGAGGCCGGAACACCAAAGGAUUAUAAUAGAUCUGAUAUUGAACAAAUACCUUGAGACGGUCAAAGAAAGAGCUAACAUUUGUUUAUAAUAUAUCGAAUAUGCCUUUGCAUAAGACUUACGCCCGUAUUCACUUAUGGGUGAAUAGGGGUUACAAAUCCGCCCAAAUUUGAAGCAAAAUCCGCGAUCCGACAAUGGGUCUUGUCUAAAUUUGAAUCCGCUAAAAGCUCUACUAUGAAGUCACAAUCUAAAUUGCAAGCUAAAUCCACAAUCCGAGCCAAAAUAUUAGAUAAAUCCACAAUCCGCUGUAUUAAAUUAAUAAGAUCCGAAAAUCCGUGUAAAAUAUUCGCCAGAUCCGAAAUCCGAACAAUUUUUUCUGUGAAAUCCGACGAUCCGAAAACCUAUUCCACCCCCCCCCCCCCGUAUUCUAAAAGCUCACUCACACUCAAUGAGUGGAUGUUCAAUCUGAGCUUCUCUUGAGUGUCAAUGCUGUUUUUGAAUAGCUUGAGGGUGAGUAGUCACAUAGUAAGGUAUGACACUAACCCUCCAGCUAUUCAAAAACAGCAUUGACACUCGAGAGAAGCUCAGAUUGAACCUCCAUUCAUUAGCCGUUUUCACAUUAGAAGUCCGUCUAGACGAACAAAUCGUCUCAAAACCGUCUUUUAGUCGGACAAAAUUUUAAACGAACAAGU